GGAAGCCACGCCCUGUACGAAGGACCAAUCUCACGAGCUGCAGCCAUCUUCUUCAUGCUGAAGCCAAACAGCAUAUGAAUAAUCAUCUGUCGCACUUCGAGAUGGUUCCACUGUGGCUGAGACGUCUCACGCAGCAUACAGGAGUGUCUGCGUCUCAGCGCCUCCCACAAAAUUUGUUGCGUCAUCGGGACGGUCGUUGCGUCUCGUGGUUCUCCCCAGCAUGGAAGGAAGGUGCGUUUCAAAAUGUAUCGUAUCAGCGGUUCAAGCUCUUCAGUGGAACAAUAAUUCAAGUGCAGUUACACGGAAGCAUUCACGGUACAGCGGCAAAUAAAAAGAGAAGAAAUCAUCUUCACCCGGUGAAAUGUCCAAUCAGCUGUAUUGUGUUGCUGUGGCAAGCCGCUUGGCGGCGCGCAAGUCGUAUCGGUGUCCUGUACGCAAAGGAACAGUGCAGAGUUAGUCGCGCUGUGACGUUGUUAUGCGGAGGUUGGCUUCCUGCUAGGGCAUAGAUGUUUGCGCGGGAAACCGGCAAGAUCGCGAUGCUGUUUGUAGUGUGACUAGGCAGUGUUAACAUAUUACUAGUGCGAGAGUGUGAAAUUGAAGGCUAUCUCGUGUUUGUGUGGUGACAGUUCUAGUGCUGGUAACACGUAUAUCAGUGUAUUAUGGAAAGCAAGAAAGCUGUUAGAAUCAGUGCUUCA